AUAUUCGUUCCUCCUGAUCGGUAGUCCGUUGCGGUUGAACAAAGCAUGUUGUUUAUAGUCGUUUGAUAUUUAGUUGUAUAAUGUGCGGUUUAUUGUAAUCAAGUAAAAUACAAUAUAAUAUAAUUUAUACCUAGUUAUUUAUUAUAUGACAAUCGAUAAAAUACAGGUUCUGUGAUAAGUAGGACAACACUUAUUGCAAAAUGGACAAGUCGUGUGGCUGUUGUGGUGCUGUUAAUAUCGAGAAAUUAGAAUUUACCAAUUUGCCAAGAAUGAGUAAUGUUUGGAAAAAAUGGAGAAAUAGCUACAAGCUGUUUGCAGAACAGUUUCCAGAUCAAGCCAACGUUAGUCAUUUUCUUGCACACUUGGAUGAAAAGUGUAUGGAAAUCUAUGACAAUUUCGGAUUUGACUCAAAAUUCGAUUUAGAAUGUGUAUUAUAUAACUUUGACAACUAUUUUACACUUAAGACAAAUUCCAUUUACGCAAGAUAUAAAUUCAACAGCUUAAAGCGGAAGCCUACACAAGAUGUUGUAGACUUUUACUCUGAAUUAGAUGACCUUUCUAUAGAGUGUAACUUUUAUGAGGAAGAGCGAAGAAAUAUGAUUCGAGACAAAUUAAUUGUGGAUAAUAUGUCAGAUGUUGAACUGCGAACAAAUUUGCUGCAAAAACCAAACUUAGAUUUAUUUGAAACACUUGAAAUUUUGAAGACAAAAUCCAAAAAACCGAUCAUAAAGAAAAUUCCAAAAAUUCAAGAAUCAACCAGUACUCAUGAUAUGGAUAAGAAACAAAGUAAAAAUUCAUCCAGUACUGAUUAUGUGGAAAGGAAACAAUAUAAAAAAUCACCAGGCACUAAUGAUGUGGAUAAGAAUCAAAAUAAAAGUAAUAUUCCAAGACACCCUCCACGAAAAUUCACAGCUAAAGAAGUCAAGUAUUUAACAGACAAAACUAAGAAAUAUAAAGAUCUGUCAACAAUUGAUAGUUCAGUGUAUGACCGUAUUAUUAAAGACAAACGUGCAAGCUUUCAAGACUGUUCAAUUGAACAGAUAAAAAGAAAAAUUAAAUCCAUUAGAAACAAUGAAACGAAAUCCUUAAGCGCAGUCUUUGAAGAUAUUAAGUUUCAGAUUAAUCCUUAUCUUCCUGUACCAAAUUGGAAAUUAUAAUUAGAAUAUCUACUACAUUUUAAUCCACGUUGUAACGUAAUCUAUUAUCAUUUUUAUGUAAUGUAUAGUUUAUAAAACAUUUCUUAAAAGUUAAUUCAAUAAUUUAUAAAAUAUUUAUAUAAACCUUAUUAUUUUAAAUUUAAUAUUAAUUUAUUUUUUUAAAUAAUAAUAUAUUCGAAAAUGUCAAUAGUAAGUUUAGUAGACUACAUUAGAUAGUAGACCUACAAACGUGGAGCUAAGUUCUGUAGACAUAAAAAGUAAAGAUUCUGCCAACCACUAAUUGUAUGUAUCUCAAUACUGUAGUUAAGUAUCACAUAUUUUCUAAUAUUGUAAUACCUAAUGGAUAUACAGAUUUCAUAUACCAACCCAUUUGAUGCUAGAUAUUUUAUUUCGAUUUAGUUUUAACAUCCCCUACUCCUCAUAACAAAACAUGUGUGCAUUUAGUGGAUAAGAUAACCUCUAAAUUCUAAUUGGCAUUACUUAAGUAUUUGAUACCUAAUAAUAUUGAACUUGUUUAAGUCUAGUAUAAAGUUUUGUGUCAAUCAGCUUGAAAACUUAGUUUUAGUUAUGCUGUA